AUGACACCUUCGACGUCGAACAAUGCUAAUCUCGAAUCAUUUACAAGUGAUAACAUUUUGUCAGCACCAGCAGCAGACAAUUGUCGUACUGUUCCAACACCAAUUACCACUUCAUCACCAUUGUUGAAUGAUAAAAAUCAAACACUCGAACCAUCGCUAGACGUUGACGUUAUCGCAACGUCACCGGUGAACUGUGCAUCGAUGCAGCCUUCAAAUAAUAACAAACCCUUUCAAAAGAUGUAUCAAUGCACUGAUCUCGCAGUCGGUCAUCGGCGUCACUUCGGUCCGCCACUCCCGACUGCUCGAUAUUGUUUAUAG